CUAAGAUCUAAUCAUAGUGCAGACAGUACUAAUGGCAAAAGGAAGAAGUCAAAAUACUGGGUCGUGAUAUUCAGAAUUGGCAAAGGGGCUCAAUGUUGGGGAGUGGGUCAUUUGGAGAAGUCUAUAAAGUAAUGGCUGAUCCUCAUGGGUUCCUUUUUGCUGCAAAGAAAGUUCCACUUACUGAUGCACAAAAAGUCAGCUCAAUUGAGCGUGAGAUUGAUUUAUUAUGUCACCUACGUCAUGAAAAUAUAGUUGAAUAUUUUGGCACAAAAAGGGACGAAACAGAUCUCUAUGUGUUUCUUGAGUUUGUAAAUGGGGGCUCCAUUAUUGAGAAAGUUUAUCGAGAGUUUCCCCUUAAUGAUUCCCAAGUGUCCUACUACACCAAAGAGAUACUAAAAGGUUUGGAGUAUCUCCAUGAGCAAGAUGUUGUGCAUGGGGACAUUAAAUGUGCAAACUUACUGUUGAAUGAGAAUGGAGUCGUGAAAAUUGCUGAUUUUGGAUUAGCAAAGGUAACUGACUUGAAGACUCUUCGCAAGUCAGGUAGAGGGACUCCAGCCUGGUGCGCUCCUGAGGCUCCUGAGGUCAUUAAUUUGAAGAGACAAGGAUGGAAUGGAUUCCAAGCUGAUAUAUGGAGUCUUGGCUGCACUGUCUUGGAGAUGUUAACUAAAAACCACCCGUACUAUGGUUUAGAACCUUGGACGAUAUGGUAUCAGAUUGGAGAAGGUAUACUGCCUAAAAUUCCUGAGACUCUCUCUGAGGAUUCGCAGAAAUUUAUUCUGAAAUGCCUGCAAGUUAAUCCAGAGAAACGUCCGACUGCCACCGAGCUUUUAAAGCAUAGAUUUGUUAAUAGGUCAUAGCAAGCAGCAGAACAUACCAAACUUCGUGUUAGUUUCAGCUUAAAUUGUGGAAUUUACUCAAUGUUUAACAGCAGUUUUUUCUUUAGUGCUAAA